UGUCACCAGACCGAGAUCAGGUGAGCCGGAGCCUGCUGUUUUCACUCUCAUUCGGCGAUGUGUGGCCUCUACAGUGUACGGAGAAACGACUGACAUGGCAUAGCUUAUAAUGCUAGAAAACUAGAAGUAUUUCAUCGAUCCAGGCAAUGAGAGAAUCUUGCAAACUGCUGUGACGAUUUCAUUCUAGGCCGAAAAACAGUCUACGAUAUGGACGAUUUAAAUCUUCAAAACCACGUAGACUAUCCAGACAUUCUCGUUGUCAUUGGUUACCUCAUGACCUUUAGCCUUGCCGGAUCGGUCGGCAAUGCGUUUGUUAUUUACAUCUUUUCAAGGAAGAGAGAAAAAUCAACAACAACGGUUUUUAUCCUUGUUUUGGCAAUGACCGAUUUUUUCACGUGUUUAGUUAUUAUUCCAUUCACCAUAUAUUACGAGGUUAUGGAAAAAAGAGUGAACAGCAAUGUGCAGUGCAAAAUCUACAUGUUUUUGAUAACGACAAACAUUCCUUUUUCAGCUUUCAUCAUGGUCUUAAUUGCGUUUGAUCGAUAUUUCAAGAUUUGUCGUCCUUGGAAUCAGUGCUUAAACAUCCGAAUGUCCAAGAAAAUCGUAAUAGCUGUCCUGCUUUUUGCAUUAUCUCUUGGAAUUAUCCCUUCUCUUACUCACAGGGUUUAUCCCAUUUCAGAUGAAACUUCGACAAUAGAAAACAAUAUAACUAGUCUUGUUUUUGAUGGUGAUAAGCAGAGCGCCCAUAAUGGAACCGUAAUGGAACUAAACAACACUGCCUACCAAGGUCUGAUACCAAAAUUAGAUUUCCCCGGAAAUGUGUCUAGCAAUUCAUCUGAUAACAGAAAUAAGUAUGAAGGGUAUUGCAUGCCAGUUCUUGAGUAUUUUAGUCAAAGUUUUAUGAAGACAUACCAAAACAUCUACGCCUCUCUGUUUUUGAUCUCCUGUGUAUUUGUCACCGUGCUGUACGCCCUAAUCUUCAAGUCUAUCACACUGAGGCGGUACAAGAAGAGAAAGCGCGCCUACAAGGGGAUGGACCGGAGGACCAGUACAGCCAUCACGAACACGUGCACCACGCGCCUGACGACCACGGAACCUCCUUAUACUGACCAAAACCGGCGGGCGCCCACCAACAACAAUUACGUCACAGAGAGCAAGCGAUCGGUCCGGAACAAGCUACGACUGGCCAACAUCAAGACCGCAGGGAUAUUGUUCGUUGUUACCAUUGUUUUCAUCCUGGCUUUUCUGCCGGCCUGGUUAAUGUCCAUUCGAGUGAUAAAACCCAAUAUUAUUGUCUAUUACUUGUAUUUCAGCAAUAACAUUGCCAAUCCUAUCAUCUACGCAUUUUUUAAUGUUACAUUUAGAAAAGACAUAAGGAAUGCAGUUCAUUGCAAAUGAAAUAUUUUGUCCUAUUACAUAUUAUUUUGCGCAGAUGCAACGCUGCUGAUGCCGUAAUUCAAUUCAAUUCAUUUUAGCUCACCUGAGCUGAAAGCUCAAGUAAAUCUAAAAAAAUUUCUUUUCAAAAACUAAUCAGCCAGGAAAGCUGAAACUUGUGUGGAAGCAUCCUCAAGUAGUGUAGAUUCAAAGUUGUGAAAAUCAUGACCCCUUGGGGUAUGUUGGGGCCACAAUUGGGUGUGGAAGUUUAACAUAGGAAUAUAUAGAGUAAAUCUUUAAAAAUCUUCUCAGAAACUAAUCAGCAAGGAAUGCUGAAAUUUGUAUGGAAGCAUCCUCAGGUAGUGUAGAUUCAAAGUUGUGAAAAUAAUGACACCCCCGUGAGUAGGAUGGGGCCACAAUGGGGGGGGGGGGGGUCAAAGUUUUACAUAGGAGUAUGUAGAGUAAAUCUUUAAAAAUCUUCUUCUCAGAAACUAAUCAGGCAAAUGAUUCUUUAUAAUAAGACUUUGGCCCCAGGACAAUUCUUCGGCCUCACAAGAAGGUUCAGAGUUUGAUGUAGGUUUAUAUCCCAUAUAUAAACAAUUGUUAAGGAUCUUUUUGAGAACUGCAAUACUCAACAUGUGAUAUGACUUUAAAAUCAUCCUGUUAGAAAAAGGAACUAAUGAUUAUAAACAUAGGAAUAUCCAGGGGGAAAAUGGAUUUUAUUGAUACAGGAUCUACAUGUAUCAUUGUACAUUGUCCAGACGCUUUGUAUACAUGACUCCAUUAAGCUGAUUUUAUCAUACCUAUUGUUCCUCAGGUGAGCGAUGUGGCCCAUGGGCCUCUUGUUUUUAACUCGUACCAGUAGUACAAGAGAUACAAUACAACAUAUAUACAAUCAUAUACAUUUGUAGAUAUGUGUAUGUAAAUCUGUGAAGUAUGUUUUAAAGCAGAACAUUUUCCGACUAAUACAAAUUAAUUCAAUCCCCCCCCCCCCCAAAAAAACCCAAAAAAACUAUAAACUUUAUAUACAGAAUCAAAAGGAAGUUACACGUAAUUAGAUAAUGAACUGCUAUAUUUCAUAUCGGGUUUCUACGCAGUAAGCUGAGAGUAAAGUACAUGUAGAUACCCUCCCCGAGAACUUUAUUCCGCGAUUCCGUCGUUUUCGUUGGCAUAAAAUCGCUAAACUAUACAAGAUUGCAAACACCGAACUCAUAAUUUCAUUGCCAGAAAAUUGAGAGCAAGACUUUGAAAUCUAAAAGGAUUGCUUUUUAUAUUUCGAUAUUGCAUUAUUGUAGUUGCUUGUGUUUGAUUCGGUAUAUAAUUAGACGGAUGGGAAUUCGCAUAUUGUAGCUAUAAGUAUUUAUGCAAGCCAAGCAUUUCAACCAGGAUAUUUGUUUUAAAAUGACUGACUUCCGCCUUGGACUUGGUAUUGGAACUUCCGUAUGUAUAUUACAAAGAUAACGGGAAUAGAAAUGAACUUAUAUAGACACAAGUCCCUGUCAGACAGUUCGCCAAGCAAUUCAUUCAGCUGCACAACCGCUAUAUUCUUCAAGAUGAAAACAAGUAGCAAAACCUUUUUGAUCAGUUAUUUUGUAUUACUUGUAAAGUUUUGUAAUAAAUUAAAUGAAGUUGCAAGUAUUUCAUCUUUUUUUCUCAUUCUUAAGGUCAGACCAUUUUCCUAUUUUUUUUUUAAUUUUUGCUUUAUCUCUGCAAGGUAAAGGCUAUCUUUUCAAUUUUACAUGCAUUAUGAUAGUUUUAUAUUUUCAAUGUUUGAUAUGGUUUCAGUAAGGAAUGAGUGUAAGUAUGUGUUUUAGAUACGUGUGUUUUAAGUCAGUAAUACAGGAUGCUGCAUGACCUCAAGAUAUCAGUAUUUACAUUAUCAAUCAAUUCUUUGUGAUUCCUAUUUUGAACCUUUGUCCUAUAAAAAAGCAGCAAAUGACCAAACUCUUUUUAUCUUUCAUUGCAUGUGAACACAGACUCAUAAUGAAUAAUCCGUCAUUUGAAAAGUACACGCUACAAUAUAAUUAACUUAAGGGUGUUGUUUACUCAGGAUUUGAGUUCUCAAAUUCGGAUUGUUAUAAAGUUCAAUGUAAUGAGUAAAAUUUGUUCUAAACAAAAAAAGUAUUAAUAAAAUGAAUUAUUAUUGACAAAACAUUUGAUAUUUUUACUUUAUUACGUAAUUAGGCUCAAACAAAAAUAGACUUUUAGCCAAACAGAGGAAAUUCGGACUAAAUUUUGCAGAUUUUGUUUUCCGCUAAAACAUUUUUGGAAGUACUCUAAUAUUGAAAGUUAAGAUUUUAUAUUUUAGUCUAUAUAAUUUUUCAUAUUUUCUGCUGGUUUUACCUCACUUAUUCAUUAAAAUAAUUGUAUGGCACGAAUUGCGAAAAUAUUCAAAAAUGCUUAAAAAGACACCAUAUCUCAAAAUUUUGAUCAUUUACCUAAUAUAAAUUUUAUGCCAACAGAAUAAGGACAAUAUAAGUAGUUCAAUGCUAUAAAUGUUUUUGUAUUAUCAUCAUUCAAUUUUUUGUAAACUUAGAUCAAAAAUGGGUAGGAAUUUGAAAACUGAUAGAGGAAAUUCGGACUGGAAUAUUUUUUCAAAUUGUAGCUGAAAUCUUAAUGUUUUGUACCUAUUUAGUGCCACUGCCAUCCAUAAAAUGUAUUACAUUUUUUAAAGUGCUUUAUUAUUUGAAAUAUAUUUACAAUUAAGAAAAUGUCAAUUGUAGUGUAAAAUUUUAUGGGAUUUUUCUUGAUUUUUCAAAAAAUAUUCAAUGGCCAUUUACUCAAAAAGUAGGUCAUUGACCUACUUUUUUGAAAGUGAAAAAUAACACUACAAUCAAAGGUCUAUAACAUACAAUAGAUGGGGUUUCAUUAUCAUCAGUGGAAUUUUUUUUCAUUCUGAGUAAACGUCAUC